AUGGACAUUUUCCUUCUCUGUGUCUUCCUGCCUCUGGUGACUUUGGCAUGGGGCCAGUACAGUGACUAUUACUACGGUCCCUAUAAUUAUGGAGAUAAUGAUGAAUGGGUCAAUGUGUACCGGCAAGGUUUCAACUUUCAGUGCCCGCAUGGGCAGGUGAUCGUGGCCGUCAGAAGUGUCUUCAGCAAGAAGGAAGGCUCUGAUAGACUGUGGAACUAUGCCUGCAUGCCAGCAUCCCAGAGCCUCGGUGAGCCGACAGAGUGCUGGUGGGAAGAGAUCAACAGGGCAGGAACUGAAUGGUAUCAAACCUGCUCAAACAAUGGGCUGGUGGCUGGUUUCCAGAGUCAGUAUUUUCCAUCCGUGCUGGACCGUGAAUGGCAAUUUUACUGCUGCCGCUAUAGCCGGAGAUGCCCAUAUUCCUGCUGGUUAACAACAGAGUAUCCAGGACACUAUGGAGAAGAUAUGGACAUGAUGAUGUACACUUAUGACUAUUACAUCCGCGGAGCAACCACAACUUUCUCAGCCGUGCACAGGGAUCGUCAGUGGAAAUUUAUUGUCUGCAGGAUGACAGACUAUGACUGCUCAUUUCAAAAUGUUUAA